CAAUGAACAUUCGAGUAUCAUUUAAACUUUAAACCACUAAUGAAACUCACAAAAAAGUGUAUUCUGAGAAUAUAAUCGAGAAGAGCCACUCAGUACUUACCCGUAAAUGCAGUGACUAGUAUGUUAUACAACAUUGCUUCCUUGACAGUAACAAGAGUUUAUUAAAAGUGGACGAUUAUUUUUGUGUAUUAUAAAACAGUGGUAAUCUCGUCAGCGAAGUUAUCGUAACUAAUGGGUUCCAGUGAAAUAAACCGUAAUAUAUUUUCAAUAAAUAUGUUAAUAAUUUGGUGCUAUUUGACUGGUCUUGUUUUGUCUUUACCAUUAAAUUUUGAAAAUGUAUUCCCUAGUCAAUUGUCAGGACUAGUUAAUAAUAUUGACCCUAAAAAAAUAAUCCCGAACAUCGAAAUACGAAUUCCAACACCAAUACUUGAGUUAAAACAUCCAUUGGAAAACAUAAAGAACGUUAAAACAUCAAACGAUUCGCAGCCACUAAUUUCCUUUAAAAAAGAAUAUACGGAGUCUCCUAGUGUAAUUGGAAACUAUAAAAAACAAGGAGAAUAUUUUGAACAAGAUUAUAAUGGAUCUAAAAAUUAUCAUGACAAUUCGAAUAUAAUUAACACAAUUACAUACGAAACGACUACUGACUAUACCACAGAUUGGAACUCGACAACAACUGACGAAGAGAUUUCUGAACGUCUUGGCGGAGCAGCAGUUGCAUCUUUGUUGGGAUAAAUUUUAUAUAAAAAGUGCAAAAAAAUCUUAAUCGUUACAUCUAACGUGACAUAUUUCGGUUUCAAGAUAAGUUUCGAAAAAUCUUGCAACAUCUUUGAGAUUAUACAUGGUGAAUUUAUUUAAUAAUUUACCAGAACUUUCAUAUUCUUCAUAAGAAAGACUCUCAA